CAAGCUCCACAACAGAGUACCACCACAAUCUCAAUUCCUAACACGGAUUACAGAAGCGAAGGCGACGAUGGCCGUGAGCAAGCGAUGGACGCGGGUGCGCACGCUUGGCCGCGGCGCGUCGGGGGCCGAGGUCUUCCUCGCCGUGGACGACGCCUCGGGCGAGCUCUUCGCGGUCAAGUCGGCGAGCGCAGCUUGCUCGGCGGCGCUGAGGAGGGAGCAGCGUCUCAUGUCCGGCCUGCAAUCCCCGCGCGUGGUCUCCUGCAUCGGCGGCCACGGCGCCCGUGAUGGUCCCUACCAGCUCUUCCUCGAGUUCGCCCCCGGCGGCUCGCUGGCGGACCGGGUGGCGAUCGACGGGGGCCUCGACGAGCGCGCCGUCCGCAGCUACGCGGCCGACGUGGCGGCCGGGAUCGCGUACCUUCACGCCACCGGGAUGGUGCACGGGGACGUCAAGGCACAGAACAUUAUGAUCGGCGCCGACGGCCGCGCCAAACUCGCGGAUUUCGGGUGCGCGAGGGUGGCACAACGCGGGCCGAUCAUCGGCGGCACGCCGGCGUUCAUGGCGCCGGAGGUGGCGCGAGGCGUGGAGCAGGGCCCCGCUGCCGACGUCUGGGCGCUCGGUUGCAUGAUCGUAGAAAUGGCCACCGGCCACGCGCCGUGGAGCGGCAUGGACGGUGACGCUCUGGCGGCGCUGCACCGGAUCGGGUACACGGAGGCCGUCCCAGAGGUGCCGCAAUGGCUGUCCGCUGAGGCCAAGGACUUCCUGCGCGGGUGCUUGGUCAGGCAGGCCAGCGACCGGUGCACGGCAGCGCAGCUCCUGGAGCACCCGUUCUUGGCCGCCGCCGGCGUCGUCGACGGGAAGCCGCAAGCCGUGGAGAGCAAAAGCAAAUGGGUGUCGCCGAAGAGCACGCUGGACGCGGCAUUCUGGGAGUCGGAGUCAGACACCGAGGAGGCGGAGCACGACAGCACGGCCGGGAGGAGGAUGAGGGCAUUGGCGUGCCCUGCAUCGGCGCUCCCGGACUGGGACUCGGACGAGGGAUGGAUCGAUGUGCUCGCGGCACCAACCGCAGCACCCGACGCAGUUCUGGUGGCGGCCGAGGAGACGGCUGAACUGGACGACGCGAUCACACCAUGUGAAGAAGAGUCCGGCGUUGUCGACGCCAUACUCGUGCAGUAUGGCAGCUUCGUCAACGCAGGAGAGGCCUACGAUGAUUCAGUCCAGCAAAGUUGUAGGCAUCAAUCUUUGGAGGAUUUAGUUUCUCAUCACGGGAUAUCAUGUACUACUACCAAAUUGUUGUUUUGCAACAAAAAUACUAAUGCAAUUGAUUUCGUUCCUGCACAUGCUCGCACUGCUCCUCUUUUUCACCGAUCAUACAGUACUCCGUUAUUACGACACGUUCGACUUGGAUUAGCAAAUCAGGUGGAAAUCCAGCGUAAAUUCUCAGCUUGGCCGCCACGGCGCACCCCGAUGCUUCCACCACAGAAAGUACUGCCGCAGCACAGUAAAAUAUCUCUUGUUAAGCUACAUACGUGGGUCCAGCAGAGUCGACGGCCGACGAGCGAAAGCGAAACCUUUUCGACAGCGUCGCGUCGAUGGAUUGCUUCGCCAGGUGGAGAUCCAUCCAGCAACGAGCACCCGGCCUCCUCCGCCGACCGCCGGUGUCCUCUCGCCGCGCACUCGCCGACUCGUCGUGCGCUCGCGCUUCUGGGUCGUGUGUCUGUCGACACGUACCGCGCACACCAUGCUCCGCGAUGCAUGUUUCUAGACUGA